UUGACAAAAUCUUAAUCCUAUUAAGUUGUAUUGUAUUUUGCGUUGGAACGUGGCACGAUCAUCGUGUUAAGACCUAUCAUGGAUAUUCUGUCCUUAGACUUACACCUACUAAUGAGAAGCAAAUGAAGUUUUUGAAUCGACUAUCGAAUAAUAGUGAUUAUGAUUUUUGGCUCGGACCUCAUAUUAAUUCGGCGACGGAUAUAAUGGUUUCUGAAUCGAAGAGAAAAUAUUUGGAAGAUGUUUUGAAGUACUAUCAGAUUCCUUACAAAACAAUGAUUGAAGAUGUACAAAAAAUCUUUGAAGAUGAACGACGUGACGCAGAAGAACUAACCGGUCGAGUUUCUCCUACUUUUUUCGAUAAAUAUCAAACGUUGAAUGAGAUCUAUCGUUUUAUGGAAUCGUUGGCCGACGAAUUUCCGGAUAUAGCCAGUGUCUUUACUAUUGGAAUGUCUUACGAAGUACGAGAAAUGAAAGGAAUUAAGAUAGGAUCAAAGAAGAACAGCAGCAAACCAAUAAUUUGGCUCGACGCAGGAAUCCACGCAAGAGAAUGGAUAUCACCUCCCACUGUCCUUUACAUCGCAACUCAAUUAGCUACCGAAUAUGAAAUUAAGGACGAUGUAAAAAAGCUAGUUGAUGAAUUCGACUGGUAUAUUUUACCUGUAGCUAAUCCAGAUGGAUACGUUUAUAGCCACACAACGAAUCGAUUAUGGAGAAAGACACGUUCGAUGACCCGUUCGUUCUGGGGAUGUCGUGGUGCUGAUCCCAAUCGAAAUUUUGGUUAUCAAUGGAAUGUCGCAGGUGCGAGCAACGAACCUUGUUCAGAAAUUUUUGCCGGAUACCAUCCAUUUUCAGAACCUGAAACUAAAAAUAUAGCAGACUUCUUAACAGCGAGAAAAGAUAACUUAAAACUUUAUUUAACAUAUCAUUCCUAUGGUCAAUUUUGGUUUACUCCUUGGGGAUACACAAAAACUCUUCCUUCAUCCUACCACGAAAUGAUAAAUCUUGCCCAACCAGCUAUAGAUGCUAUUGAAAAAAAGCAUGGAUUUAAGUAUUCACUAGGAUCAUCCAGCAAUUUAUUAUAUUUGGCUGCAGGGGGUUCAGAUGAUUGGGCUUAUGGCAGUCUUGGAGUCAAAUAUUCAUACACAAUAGAAUUAAGAGAUACAGGCACAUAUGGUUUUGCUUUGCCUCAGAGAUUUAUCAUUCCAGUCGGAGAAGAAAAUUGGGAAGCUGUAAAAAUACUGGCAGUGUUGCUGAAAGAUAAAUUACGAUAA